ACAGUGGAAGGAUUGGUGUCUCUACGGAUGUAACAAAGACCAAUAUAAAACUUGAAUCAAAUCCCUUCCUUCAUAGGGCUAUACGUCCAGAUACCGCCGAGAAAUUGGAUCCUCACCUCCCCCCCUAAGGCUAGACCUUCAAACUAUGCUAUCUGAGUCGGUACCGCUUAGUAGAGACUAUGAGGGUCAAGAGGAGGAUACUCCACUCGUUGACCUCCACGAAAAUCCCAACACAGCCUUACCUCGACCAAUCCUAAAACUAUAUAGGGCAUAUAUGUGGAAGGAUGUUAUCUUGCUUCUCCUAGUAGCGGGUAAUUUGCUGCUUGGUGUUAUCUCAUGGCCAAAAUUAGGGUCCAUGAACAUAAAAGCAAGCAGCCAGUCCAUUAGUGAUAAACUCUUCAGUCCCAUAGUACCCCCGGAAGCAGCGAAAGAGUUAUUUAUACCUAUGCGCUGGGCGAACGAAUAUAGCUCUGCGACUACCGCCGGCAUGGACGAGGUCGAUCGAAAUUGGGAUAAUAUCGACGCAUCCAUCGGUCUGGUCUCCAUUAGCCAUGACCUAGCUGCGAAGCAAGGGCUACCAGCCUCCAUGGAUGAUCCCCGCGACCCCCGUAAGGGAGUUUAUACCCUUGAAGGUUACCAUUCUUUGCAUUGUCUGACGGUAAUCCGACGUACGAUGUUUCAAUUAGCCAAAGGAGAGAAGCUUGACGUACCCUUUGGUCACUCGACGCAUUGUUUAGGUUCUCUCUUGCAAGCCAUUUUGUGCAAUGCUGAUACUACCCUGUUAUAUCAGAAGGCCGGAAGAGGUGCCGGAGAUGGUCAGAUACGCAAGUGUCGCAAUUGGCCAGCCAUGCGUGACUGGGCAAGAGAACAGUCGGCUUGUAUGAAAACCAACUCUAGUGGUAUCGCAAACCUAGACGUCGAAGGUUGUGAUGAGAUUAAAGCUGGAGAUGGUGUUCUGUUAAGCGAUUGGCCGGAGAGGUGAUAGAUUGCCUGCCCGAACCUAUUGCAGCAGGCACCGUAUCCCAUGCGCGAGUGGAUAGCAAGUAUCUCCGACUCGUUGGAGAAGAGUGCGAAGAAUAUAUGCUUG